ACUACUCGCGAACUUUAAUGUAAUGUGUAGGAAUUUAGCCAGGAUACCAUCGUCGAAUGAACACAAUCGACCGACGGGAAAUACCAUGGACCUGAAAAAGCUGAAGAUUCCUGAGCUGAAGAAGGAGUUGACGUCCCGUGGGUUGGCAUUGAAAGGCAACAAGCAAGAGCUGGUCAACAGGCUGUCUCAGUAUCUGGAGGAAAACGAUGAGGCAAUCCUUGACAACGGCACAGAGCCCACAGAUGCAAUAUUAACAUCUGGAGUUGAGGAAGAUCUUUUAGCGCAAGAGGAUGAGCCAAAUCUUCUGGAUGAUGAGGAAGAAGAGCCAGCUGUCGCGGAAACCGUUGCCAAGGUUACCUCCCCCAUUGCCCUACAAAGGAAACCCGUACUGACAGCCUCUCAGGCCAAGCCCAGUGCCCCUGUCGUCGCGGCACAAAAAAUCACCACCAUCCCUGCCACCACCAGUGAACUGACUCCAGCUGAGAAAAAAGCUUUGCGAGCCCAAAGAUUCAACACACCUCUCUCAGAAGAGGCAAGGAAACAAGCCCGAUUAGAAAAGUUUGGAGGCAAGCAAGCUGUGACGGCAUCAGCUGGGGCUGUCCCCAAAACACAAGGCAAAGUAUCGGCAGUCUCGUCAGACGCUUUGGAGAAGUUGAAGAAGCGGUCAGAGAGGUUUGGUACAGCUGUGUCCCCCAUUGUCCAAAAGACGGAUGAGAUGGAACGACUUUUGAAGCGAAAGCAGCGCUUUGGGGUGAUCACCAAUACUACAACAGCUGCUGCAGUGAAGGCUACGGGGACCAGGAGAAUAUCGACAGGGGGCGGUGGGGAUGAUGUAGAGGCAAAGAAGAAGAAACGUGCUGAAAGGUUUGGACUGUCCUAACUACAGCAACGCAGCUUCCUUGGGUUGCAACCUUUUGCCAAACAUUUUUCACCAGGAAUCCCCUUGGAAGUCAACAGAAAUGUGGCAGGGGUUUUACAGUCACGGUGAAGUUGUUGACGCUGUUCGCAAGAGAUGUGUAUGCGUGGUUUCCAAAGCAGGAGAAUCUUGAAAUAUGAACAGCGAUCCUUUUUUUCUGUUACAAAUCUUCACAUUUUCUUCAAAUAUCACUUUUGAUUGAAAUCCCCUUGUAAUCACCAUUACACAUUAUCUGAGUAAGAAAGACAAGAAACUUUGCUGUUUACCUUAAUAGAAAUUUCUUCUAACAUCAUCUGGUUCCCUGACUCCACAUUAUGGAAUUAAUGUUACAGCAGCCUGCCACUCUUCCAAGUUUUUGUGAUCACUCCUGUCACUUCGUUCUGUCCCUUUUCUGGGCGUUCUUCUUUUUUUUAGAGGGGCGGGUGCAUCAGUGUUCCAGACAUGUGGCUGAAUGUACACAAUAGUUUCUUUUUUUUCUUUUGCUUGUGUAAGUAUAGUAGUUGAGAGUCUUGUUAUUUUUUUGUUCCAAGGUUUUUUGGGGGUUUGUAGGUAUUUCGCUGAAGUAAAAAUCUCUCCUGAUUCAUUCUCUGCAGGGGUGGUUUUCCACACUACAAAUAUUGAUCAGGUUGUGUCCUUUUCUUCGUUGAGCUAGGACCAAGGAUAUGUUCCAUGGUAACGUGAGAACGUCCAAUAAUAAUUGUGCGCUUUGAAACACUUAUUUCACUGGAUGUUUUACUCGUCGCAGCCUCCAACUUGGAUGUGAAACGGGAUGAUAUGCGAGACGGGUGUAAAUAGUAUUUUUAAUGUAAAAUUGGGUAGGGUGUUUUGAGCCAUUUUAUCUGGUUUUUAUUUUAGUUUAAGGCUUUUGCUUUCCAUUUGUUUUCAGCAUGUACCAUUUGUGUCUAAUUACUGCUGUAUCUGCUUGUAUUAAGUAUUUAAAACUUUGCUUUGUAUGGACAUUUCACUGUCGUACUUCCAAUGAGGAAUUGGUCUGUGCCACUUUUUGAAGGUUCGUAGGCUUGUUUAGUAGCAUCUGCUAAACACAGUAGAGGGCUGUGCUCCGGAAAUUCAUGUCGAUGGUCAGUGUACAACCUUCCACGUAUUUGUGUUUUCUCAAAGCCUGCGGGAGAACUUAAUUUGCAUGGCAAAAUGAAAAUGCAAACACUUCCAGAAAAGAGAUGCUUCAAGUUCUACCAAUUUUGCUUGUGAACCUGUUUUUGCAGUCUCCAAGAGAGCCUGAAAAGGACUUGCACUAUCGCUGUUGAGGAGGGCAAAACCUUGGGUGAUUACUUGUUUUUUAAUGUCCUUUGGAGAUACAUGUGCAUUUAUAACACACGGUGAUACACCUCUAAGGUCCAAUGCAAAUUUAUGCAGAAUUGAACAAAAUGUCUUUGAAUUCACUGUAUUUCACUGGCCACACUUUUGUACAUUUUCAUGGACUUUUGCAAGGCUCAAAAUGGCAAUAAAAUCUACAAACUUUUUCAGUGGA